UUCUAGAACACCGCUCCACCCUAGACAAUUUGCCUACCAAGCAGGCAAAUCUACAAUAAGUGCACUGCACUGCCUCGUAAGAGACAUAGAAAAGUCAAACGACUGCAAAGAAAUUGCUCUUACUGCAUUCAUUGACAUAGAGGGAGCAUUCGACAAUACCUCGCACCUGUCCAUAACAAAAGCCUUGCAAGACUGGGGGGUGGAGGCCCCCAUCGUAAAGUGGACAGGAUCAAUGCUCAAGCACCGCUUCAUCACAGCAGAAAUAAAUGGAGCGACAGCAACAGUAACCACAGUAAAAGGAUGUCCCCAAGGAGGGGUCCUGUCACCUCUACUGUGGACAUUAGUAGUAAACAAAAUUCUUAACAUAUUAAGUAGAUCCGGAUUCACAGUUCUAGGCUACGCAGAUGACCUGGUAGUAAUAGGGGCAAGCACGAGGGCGUAAUAUCGAAUCGAAUGCAAAGUGCCCUAAAUACUAUACAAAACUGGGGCGAAACUGAAGGAUUAUCUUUAAAUCCUAGAAAAACAAUUUUAGUGCCGUUUACCAGAAGAAGGAAGCUAGAACUCAGAGCACCUAUAUUAAACGGAACUCAGCUAACAUUUUCUAACGAGGUGAAAUACCUGGGGGUUACCUUGGACCACAAACUAACUUGGAACAAUCAUCUAGACAAGACCAUUUCCAAAGCCAUAGUGGCAAUCUGGAGAUGCCGCAAACUCGUUGGCAAGACAUGGGGGCUAAAACCGAAAAUGGUAUACUGGAUCUACCAAACAGUCAUUAAGCCCAUCAUCACAUACGCUUCGCUGGUGUGGUGGCCGAAGACCAAACAAACAACCGCACAGACCAAAUUAAACAAAGUCCAAAGGCUGAUAUGUCUAGGAAUAACCGGGGCAAUGUCUACUUGUCCUACCACAGCCUUAGAGACACUGCUAAACAUGCCUCCACUUCACAUAAGCGUGAAAAAAGAGGCAAUUAACAGUGCUCACAGGCUUUUCCAAACCGGCAAAUUCAAGGCUGGGGAUUUAAGUGGUCACCUGCGCAUCCUCGAAGAAAUUAAACUGGAAAAUGCCAGCAAACCACGUGACCACAUAACGGCCAUGCUGGAUCUAGAAAUUCCAUUCGAAGUGAUCAUAGAUGAUCGCCAAUCAUGGGAGAAAAAAGAAGUACCAAAAGCCGACAAUGCAUCGCUAUGGUACACAGACGGUUCCAAACUAACAGAAGGAGCAGGACUGGGCGUGUCAGGCCCUAACAUUAAGAUCUCAAAGUCACUGGGCAAAUACCCCAACAUCUUUCAAGCUGAAGUGCUUGCCAUAGACAUAUGUGCAGAAGAGUGCAUCAACCAAGGCCUCCAAAGAAAACACAUAUUUAUACUAUCAGACAGCCAAGCUGCUCUAAAGGCCCUGAAAGCUUUUAAAUGUGAUUCAAAGCUAGUCUGGGAGUGCAAACAAACCCUAAAGCGCCUUACAACAAAGAAUCAAGUAACACUAAUGUGGCUACCUGGCCACCGGGGUAUAGAGGGGAACGAAGAAGCCGAUCGCCUUGCAAAAAAAGGGGCUCAAACACCAUACUAUGGUCCAGAGCCAUACUGUGGUUUAAUGAAGACCCACAUCACCGAAGACCUAAACAGGUGGGAAAAAGAACAAUUGCUGUCGCACUGGAGAAGAGCACCAGGACUAAGACAGGCAAAAAAGUUUAUAACCACUUCUAGAAAAAGAGCUGAACAGCUCCUAGACAUGAACAGAUCAGACAUCAGAACAGCAGUCGGACUCCUAACCGGUCAUUGCCCAGUGAAAUAUCACCUAAAGGCAAUAGGUAUAACAGAGGACGACCAAUGUAGAUUCUGCAGCAAUGCCACAAAAACAGCAGAACACCUGCUCUGUGAAUGCCCGACCCAACUCUGCAAGAGGCUCAAGUACCUGGAAGGGGUACAACCAACACCUCAAGAAGUGGGACAACUACCUCCCAAAAAUAUAGCUUUGUACGGCAGAAGUCUAAGACUUUUUGAGACAAACUAAAACAAGUAGAGUUAUGCACAAAAUAUCUCACAGGUAGCAGUGCUGAGCGGCGGAUCAGCCGAAACGACUCCCUUCUCAAUCUACAAUCUCUCUUGGACUUACGACUUUUUACCCCUAUUUGAAAAAACAGGUAAUCAUAAAAAUUUAAGCUUUAUAGUGUACAACCAAUUUUAUUUCUUUAGGUUAACAUUAUUAAAAUUCAAAUCAAUCGCUAUCUUCUUCAUCGGAACUAUGUUGGCCUUUUACUUUAGAAAUUGGAAGAUUUUUAAAAAAAUUAUGAAAUUGCUUAGAAACCCACUCCAAACUUUUUAUUAAAAAAUCAUGUUUUUUCUUUGUUAUUCCCUUUAAGUUACUGCGCAGACUAGGCAAUUCAUUGGGCAGUGGCAUUGGAUUUCAGGAGAACAGAUGUGGUCACAUUUAAGGUUUUCAACUCUUCAUUUUCAGUAUUUUUCUUCUUAUUAAUAAAAGGAGAGUUAGGUUGACUACAUACAAAUAGUCAACAUGUUUAAAAUCAGAAAUAUCUAGUUUUAUAACAGUUGCGCCUGUAUAUCUUAUUAAUUGUUGCCAGUUCCAAGGAGUACAUAUUUCCAUGGUUGGUUGCUUUUUUAAAGUCCUUUCAAUAAGAGCGUGUACGUGAUCAGAUUCCAUGUGUGUAUGACCCCUUAGUAAAAAUUUGUGUUCAAUAAUUUUCAAGUUUGGACAAAUUUUUAGUAGCCACAGAUAACUGAGCAUCAUAAUAAUAUUGCGGUUCUGGCUGGGGCAGUUGUCAGACCAAAUAAUUAAGUGUUCUAUAGUAGAUCCAGCACUAAAAUAUUAGUAAUUAACUAUGAGCACUUUGCCGGUACUU